GCACCAUUUCCUGAAGGUGCCAGGGCCUCUCCCCCUUGUUUGCUCUUUGUGUUAGUCAGUCCCACUUACCUCUAGGUACAGCACUCCUGGUAUUCUCCUCCCACAAAGGCUACACAGAGAAGGACAGCCCAAGGCAGCCAUGGCUUGGCUCCCUGGAUCCUUAGUGUUUUGGGCAAUGCUGACCCUCAUCUACCUGAUUGCCCCAGGAUGCUCUGUGGAAGUGAAAGUGCCAAUUGAACCCCUGAGCAAACCUGCUGGUGAGGCUGCAGAGCUGACCUGUAGCUAUUACACAUCCGUGGGAGAAAACUUUGCACUGAAAUGGAGCUUUGUCCAGCCGGGUAAUCCCAUCUCUUCAGCUGAGACUAUCCUAUAUUUCACCAAUAAGGAGCUAUAUCUGACGGGUCCCCAGGCAAAGAGGGCCACUCUGCUGCAGAAUCCCCCUACAGGAGGGGUAGCCACACUUCGACUGACAGAUAUUCGAUCUUCAGACACUGGAACCUACCUCUGCCAGGUCAACAAUCCACCAGACUUCUAUAAUAAUGGCCUGGGGCUGGUCAAUCUCACGGUGCUGGUACCCCCAACAAAGCCCACAUGUGGACAAAGUGGGCAGAUCUCAGUAGGAGGGGGUGCUGCAUUGACCUGCAGUUCUUCAGGGGGUGCCCCCCGUCCUGUGUACACUUGGGUUCGAUUGGGUUCUGCUCCUACACCAGCUCCUGGCAGCAUGGUACAAGAUGAAGUCUCUGGUCGGCUCAUCCUCACCAACCUUUCUCUCACUUCCUCUGGAGUCUAUCGAUGUGUGGCUGCCAAUCAGUUAGGCAGUGCUUUCUGUGAACUGACCCUUGCAGUGACUGAUCCUUCCAAGGGCAGGGUUGCAGGAACUGUGAUAGGUGUCCUCCUGGGCUUGCUGUUCUUGGUGGUAGGUGUAUUCUGCCUACUGAAGUUCCAGAAGCAGAGGAUUAAGAAGCCAAGGGAGAUAUAUGGGGGCAAUGACCUUAGAGAGGAUGCCAAGGCCCCAGGGGUUUAUGAUUCACUUCCCCGGAGAGGCAAUACAGAUGUUGGGCUACUGGAGAGGUCCCCUUCUGCCAGCACUGUGACCACCACCAAGUCCAAGCUCCCCAUGGUUGUUUGACAACUUUCUAUGCUCUACUGCCUCUAUCCCGAGGGACUUGAAUUUAUAAUUAAAGUCCUAGUUUUCAGGACUUAUCGUUGGCUUUUUUUUUUAAAGGGUAGAUGAAUGUAUGACUCCUCCAGUGGAUGGAAUGGGCCUAACUUCUAAGGAGCCUUGAAGCCAGAGAGCGAGUGACUAUCUAGAGAGGUUGCGUGGAGAGUGCUCAGGCAGUCAGCCAAAUCUAUCUGGAUCACUCGUGUCUUAGGUGGAUUCCUCCCUCACCUUUUUGGUAGAGUUUUCCAGACACAUUUUGGUAUUGAGACCAUGUCACUUACAAACUGUUGGGCUGUGUCACAUAAACCUUUCUAUUUCUCAGCUUCCUCAUCUGUAAAAUGGGGAUACUGGUACUACCUGUCUUGCAGGGCUGUCAGUAAAAUUCUUUGUAUUUUUAAAAGUUCUAAGUCGGGUUGGGGCUAGUCCAGUCCAGGGCCUUCCCUCUCUGUAAACCCAUCCCAACCCCUUCUCGAGGGUAGCCCGGAACACUUGGACAUUCCUCUUUAUUGUUCACAUUCCAACCCAGAGCGGUCACAUGCACACACGAAAAUUUAAAAACCCUUCUGCCACAGCCCCAGGAGCCCGGUUAGGGGCUGGGCGGUCAGGGCAGGGCAGGGCAGGGCAAGGGGCGGGGCAGCUUCUGACUCCCCCCACACCCCCUCUCGAUCACCUCGGCCUAGGAGUUUGCAUAACAAGAAGAGAGUUGGAGAGGUGGUCGCGGGAUGCGCAGCAGUCGAGGCUAGGG